GCUGUGUAAUACUCUGUGGGCUGGCUGGGUGUGGAGCUCACUGGCUCAGCCAGUUUCCGGGAUUCACCUGGGUGCAGCCAGCGCCCAGAUUCACUUCCCCCUCGGCUCGGACACUGGCCCCAGCUCGGCAGCGGUCAUGUCCCCGCGGCUCGCCCAGCUCCUGCCCUACCUGCUCUACCUGUCCUACCUGCCCCAGGUGAGCCUGGUCGCCUGGCGCGACCAGCCGCCCGGCAGGGAUUGCCUGAGCCUCUACCGCCUGGGUCGGGACGACUUCGUGCUGGACACGGAUGACUCUGUGUCCGCCGGGGCCACCUUCCUGGGGUCCCCCAAUGUCAGCCACGCCAGGGACUGUGUGAGCAUCUGCUGCCGGACCCGGGGCUGUAAUGUCGUCCUGCUGGAGGACACCAUGCAACAAAGCCAGGAGGAUGCCAUGCUGAGGAAGAUCAGCGGCUGCUUCCUCUUCAACUGCCUCUACAACCAGGUGUAUGUCUGUAGGUUCUUCAGGAGGGAAGGCUUCAGUAACUUCAUCCAGAACACUGUUUACGAGGACUACUUUAGACCCAGGCAACCCACUGCAGGUGAUGAACUGCCAGUGGCCAAUGCUGGAAGGGACCGAAUUGUGCAGCCAAAUGAGGAAGUAAUACUAAGUGGGGUGGAGAGUCGAGAUAAUUUUAAAAUUGUCAGUUUUGAUUGGACCCUGCUCCACGGAGAUUCCUCCGUGAAGUUCAAGGAAACAAAAAAUCAGGAUGAGCGGGUUGUGUCGAACUUGCAAGUGGGAAGUUACGUCUUUAAGCUGACCGUUACAGACACAGCUGGUCAGAAGACCACAGACAACAUGACUGUCACUGUCCUCUCGCCUGAACAAUCAGACGAAUACUGCAAAGCAGAUCAAAAGGUGGGACCUUGCCGCGGGUCCUUCCACCGCUGGCGUUAUGCAGCUGACAAGGGGAUCUGCGAGUCCUUCAUCUACGGUGGCUGCAAGGGCAACAAGAACAACUAUGUGGAUGAAAAGGAAUGCAUGCAGGCAUGCAGCAAGGUCAAAGGUGACACCAAGUCUUCAGGCAGAUCAAACUUACCACACUGCACAGGGGAAUGCACAGAACACCAGUUCAAGUGUGGGGAUAACUGUUGCAUCGAUAGCUACCUGGAGUGUGAUGAAACUCCCCAUUGCAGUGAUUCGUCGGAUGAGGCCAGCUGCCAACAGAUAAGUGAGCAAUUCAACAUACUGCUGGACAUCGACAUCCCCAAGGAGAAAGCUCGCUGUACAUUCCCACCUGUUACUGGCCGUUGCCGGGCCGACUUCAGCCGCUUCUACUACAAUCCCUACACCAAGUCUUGUGAGCGCUUCACAUACGGAGGUUGUGAGGGCAACGGGAACCGCUUUGAAAAGGAGGACACGUGUAUGCAAGCCUGCAGAGGAGUGACAGAAAAGGACGUAUUUUCCCGAAGCCUGUUCGAAAAGCAAAAGCAAGGAAGUUCUUCAAACGCUAACAUUGCCAUAGCCGUGGUCCUAGCCAUCUGUAUUGCAGCGGUGCUUACCCUUCUGAUCUACUUCUUGCUGAAGAUGAGAAAGCAGAACCGGCGGCAAACGGGUCCUCCCAGUUCCACCGACUCCACAGACGAAGUGAAGAAACUGAUGGCCAUGCAGUCGAAACCCAUCUGACGCAGGCAGUGGCAAAUUAUCUCCUGUUUAAGACUGUGGGUGAGGGAGGGGAGGGAAAGGCCUAGGUAGAAGAUGGCAAGUUCUUGUUUUAUAGAUUAUAAAAUCAUUUUUUUUUUUUUGAGUGCCUGGAUUUCCUAUGGGUCAUGCUCCAAUGAUGUGUGGGCAGACAUUUUGUUCAGUUUAUACAGGUGCUGAUCCAGUUGCUCGGUCGAUUCAACUGGAUUUGGGCUCUUUCAUUCCUCCUUGCGAGUUCCUAGUCACACGCCAUUCUCAAUAUCUCACUGGACUGUGAAAUCUCCUGACCUGUGGUCAACACACAAUUGGUCCCAGCCAUUUUCACCUGAUUCGAUGGGGCUUGGGAAGCUGGGUUUAGAAUCAGAUUUGAGAGAUGUAUUGUUAAGAUAGGGAUUCAAAGAUGAUUGGUCUGUAUGUUAUCUUGGCCCCUGACUGUGAGGUGGUCUAACUUUCAGCUAAUUGACAUCCUGAACCAAGCCUCCACAAUGCAUCCCACAAUAAAUAAGGAACAAGCCUUCUCAUUGGCCCACAAGUACUGACAAUCUGCUAAAUUCUUCAUGGAUUGGUCAGUUUUAUUUUAUUGCUGGUAAACAUCUGAACAUUAGGACAGAAUUCAAAUCUGAGCAAAAAACAAGUAGGGAGUUGUAUUUUCUUCAUUUCUGUCUUAGCUUUUCCAUCAUUUUCACUUUUUUCUCUUUCCCCUCACAAUAUCAUCCCUCUUCCCUCUUUCCCCCCCACUCCUCUGCUCUCCCCUCCCCAACCCCUCCCUCUCCUUUCCUCUCUCCCACCCUCUCCCUCUCCUCUCUCCACCCCCUCCGGCGCGUCCUCUCCUCUCUCCACCCCCUCCGGCGCGCCCUCUCCUCUCUCCACCCCCUCUAGCGCACCCUCUCUCUGGGCCCUAAGUGUUCCUUGGGCCAUUCAUGUGCUGAUAUUUGGUUCUGUAAAUGGUUUCUCCACAUAGGCUUGGUCUCUGGGUCUCCAAACUACUUGUCAUAUAGGAGCAGCUCAAGGGAGAUUGAGAGACCAGCUUGGGACAGAUGGAUAUAUCUGAUUGAAUGUACAUUUCUUUUGUUUUCUGACUCGGAGGUUUGUUAUCAGAAGGGGAGGAGACACUCGUGAGAUCAGUCUGAUAUUUUCCAGUACAAGAGAAGUGAAGUCAGGCGAGUUAAUUUCCUCAUCAAGAACAGAAUAAGAUGGCUGAUGGGGUUGGGGUUGGGGUAAAUGAUCAGAUGUGUAUAGAUCUUGGUAUCUAUUGUGUUCUCCCUUUUCAUUGGCUAGUUUAUUUUUGAAGAUUAGGUUCAACACAACCCCUACCUUAUUUUACUGAGACAGCUGAGUGUCUGACAUGUUGGUGGAAACUCACUGCCAUGCUUUGCACUAUGCUAUGUGUCAGAUAUCGACACGCUCUUCUCAUUGGGAUGCGUCUCACUUAAACUCAAAGACUUUAUGGCACUGGCAAAACCAUAGAAAUCCCACAGAUAAGUGUGUACAGGGGCCUGUAGAUAGCUAUCCAGCUCAUGCCACUUAAUGGGAACCUUUCCCCCGACUGCGCACUUUCCCCAUUAUUCAUUGAUAACCUUCUCUCUCCUUUCCCAAACCUACCCAUUAGAUUGUCGGUAAUGUGGAGAUGAAUGAGCAGUGGCUCCUCUCCCAGUGAUCACUCUGUUCCGGUAGGUCGCCACUGGUGAUCUCGGCUGAGCAAUCACUCAUGUGCAAUCCUGGAUCUUUCGGAAAUUGUUCCUGCAAAAUUUGAAUCAUUUGUGGCUGGGUUCCUGUUUCAGUUCUUGUAAACUGGGGAUUGAUGUUCGACAUCUGUGUGUGGCUAUGACCUCGUGGACCAACACAGGGUCAAAUUGCGGUGCCCAUCCUUGGUGCCAGUCAGAAUCACGGGCCCAACAUCAUAGCAUUUCCAGUAGUCACUCAGCCAAUGAUUUUUUAAUGGUAAGUUCACUCCCUCAGGCUGAGGCUUCAAUACCACCCAUUGGUCUUGGGGCACGCAAAGGGUUAAUUCAGAUUAAAAUUUAAAAUUUUUUUUUGAGGCUGCCAUUUUAUUAUCUUAAAGGUUUUUUUUAUGCACUGAAUCCCUUAAAACUAUUCUACAAUAUCCAAUGCUACUUAAAAGAAAACAAAUCUAUAGACCCCCCAAACAGCAUCCACAAUCCUGUUCAAUCCCAACUGUUGGGUCCAGGGACACGACAGAGCAGACAAUGUCCAUGCUCUCCAUUGAGAAAUCCACUUCCUGGACAUGUGGUUACCAUGACGAUUAAGACUAAAGUGGUAUAAUUUGUUACCAUACGCCCUCCUUAUUCCCAUAAUUUUUUUUUUAGCUGCAAUUUUAACUUAUGCAUCUUGCUGAAUCUCUCUUCUCCUCCUGACCUUAGUUACCUAAGUGAUCGCAACACCUUGGUAGCACCUGCUGAUGGGCUAUUUGCCUAUGUGGGGACUCAUAGCUGAGCCUGUCCAUAUGUAUGUGUGUGGGUGCAGCAUCAGUAACUAGAUAGUGCUCAGGAGCAGGGAAAACCUAGCUCUGGUGUUUUCUCUAGAGUCAAAGGUGGUACCUCAACGGCAACCAGUUAACUCCACUAAGACUGAGGAUCAGACCUUAAUCCUUCCAGCCAAGCUGUUAAGCAAUCAACUGCAUUUAGAUUCAUGGCCAAAUUCUCCACAUCACUAAUUUGUGGUCAAACAGGGGCCUUGUCCCUUGCAUUACACCCUGAAUCAGUUUUUACAAGAACUUUCUCAUAUGUACCUUUCUGCCCGCACAGCACACCCUCUCCCUGCCAUCCAAAAUCAUAAACAUCAUUAACCUGCUAUCAGUAUCAGUUAUGGCUCAGUGGAAGUAUUUGGAGUCAGAAGUUGUGGGUUCUAGACCCAAUCCAGAGACUCAAGCACAUAGUCCAGGCUGACAUGCCCAGUGUAACACCGAGGAACUGAGUGCCAGCUUUUGUAUGGGGCAUUAUACCAAGUCUCCCCCCUCAGAUGGAUGUAAAAGAUCCCGUGGUAUUAUUUGAAGAAGAGCAGGGGAAUUCUCCCCCCGGUGUCCUGUCCAAUAAUUAUCCCUUAACCAUGAAAAACAGUUUAUCUGAUUGUUUAUCCCAUUGCUGUUUGUGGGAUCUUGCUGUGUGAAAAUUGACUGCUGUGGUCUCCAUAUUGCAACAGCGACUACUUCAAAAAAUUCUUCAUUGGCUGUGAAGCCCUUUGAGAUAGGCACGAGACAAGUUAUUUUUUUCUAAGCAUGCUAGAACAUUUGCAGGGAGAAAAUACCUGCCCUGUAUCACUUGUAUCACUUCAAAUGAGAGGAGCUCUCUUAAGAGGCAAGGAUCUUAAUGGACUUCGGUUUGAAGUGAAGCUGCUGAGUUGACUCAUUCUGGGAACAGCAAAGGGUGGGCAAAAACCAGAAUGUGCAGAGCAAAGGUAAUGUGAACUUAAACACCUGUGGUUUUGCACGGCAUGUAGUUACAUUGAGCAUUCUAGCACUGGUGUCUAGUUACACCACUCCUGUCAGCCAAUGAGUUGGAGGAAAGAUGGGAUUCACAACAAACUGCAUAUUUUACAGCCAAGUAUAUGCUCAGCAAACAGUCUGUUUGACCAGCACACUACAGCAAACAGUCUACAUAGUCUAUUUUUUAAGAGUCUCUGAGCUACAGCAAACAAUUCAUGACCCAAACUGCUGAAAGCAGGGUGAUAUGUCCAGCAAAUGAAGUGAGUUGAGUAUAGGUACAUGAUACAAAUUAGGGCAUAAAAUCAAUCCCAGUUAGUUACAGCAGGUGUGAUUGACAGGAGAUAUUCCCGCACCAUCUCCAUUCUGACCGAAACUUGUGCAACAUUGUUGUAUAUAAUGACACAUGGAUGUGCUUUGCAUCAGCAAAGUACAUUAUAAGAUGUCCCAAAUCUUUCAGUAAUAAAAGAAGAAAAAUUGCACCUCCCCUUUGGUAGAUGCAAUUUUGACAAAACAGCAGGGCCUUUGAUUUGUAUUGUAUUUUAUCUGAGUCCUAAUAAUUUUGUCUUUCUUUUGUAAAGGUUAUUAUCCUGUGUAAUUUCUCACUUGUAAUCACCGAGUAGCCUGUUUUGUUUUAGUGCAAAUGGCUAGAUGUGUACUUGUAUUUUAUUUUGUUGCUUCCAACUUUAAUGUUUUACUUGUAUAUUAAAGUAUGUAUUUUUAGACCAAG